GGGAGUGGAAGGGGGAGGGCGAAGGAAGCGGGGUAAGGAGAAAGGGAACCUUUAUUUAAGCCUCUCAAACUUCGGGCGCUGCCUCUGCAUACGGCCGGCGCGGGUAGGGGGAGGCCGGCUCUGUGGGUGGCAGCUGGAGAGAGGCGGUCUGAGAGGAGACCACAAGCGUCCGGGGCGGGCUCCCGGACUGCCCGAGUUCAUUGAGGGAUUCACCCCCUCCCACUGCAGAUCCUCUCGGCCCGCGUGCGUGAGUGUCUGUGGUUGUGCACGCGUGAGGGAGGGAGGGAGUGUGUGAGUGUGAGUGUGUGUGUGUGUGUGUGUGCGCUUGUGUGCGCGCGCGGGCGUGUGCGUGUGUGUGUCGGGCUGUGCGCUGGGCUCCCGGCCGUCAGGCUCGCGCUCUCCUGGGGUCUGCCGCGGCGGCGGCGGCGGUGGCGCGCUGGGGAAGAUGCUGCAGUCCCUGGCCGGCAGCUCGUGCGUGCGGCUGGUAGAGAGGCACCGCUCCGCCUGGUGCUUCGCCUUCCUGGUGCUGGGCUACCUGCUCUACCUGGUCUUCGGCGCCGUGGUCUUCUCCUCCGUGGAGUUGCCCUACGAGGACCUGCUGCGCCAGGAGCUGCGCAAGCUGAAGCAGCGCUUCCUGGAGGAGCACAAGUGUCUGUCGGAGCAGCAGCUGGAGCAGUUCUUGGUGCGGGUGCUGGAGGCCAGCAACUACGGCGUUUCGGUGCUCAGCAACGCCUCCGGUAACUGGAACUGGGACUUCACCUCCGCCCUCUUCUUCGCCAGCACGGUGCUCUCCACCACAGGUUAUGGACAUACGGUACCUUUAUCAGACGGAGGUAAGGCCUUCUGCAUCAUCUAUUCCGUCAUUGGCAUCCCCUUCACCCUCUUGUUCCUGACAGCAGUGGUCCAGCGCAUCACCGUUCACGUGACCCGGAGGCCUGUGCUCUACUUCCACAUCCGUUGGGGAUUCUCCAAACAGGUGGUUGCCAUCAUUCACGCCGUCCUGCUUGGUUUUGUGACUGUGUCCUGCUUCUUCUUCAUCCCGGCCGCGGUGUUUUCCAUCUUGGAAGAUGACUGGAACUUUUUGGAAUCCUUUUAUUUUUGCUUCAUUUCCUUAAGCACCAUUGGCCUAGGGGAUUAUGUUCCUGGAGAAGGCUACAAUCAGAAAUUCAGGGAGCUGUAUAAGAUAGGCAUCACAUGUUACCUGUUGUUGGGCCUCAUUGCCAUGCUGGUGGUUCUGGAAACCUUCUGUGAACUCCACGAGCUCAAAAAGUUUAGAAAAAUGUUCUACGUGAAGAAGGAUAAGGACGAAGAUCAGGUCCACAUCAUGGAACACGACCAACUCUCCUUCUCUUCCAUCACAGACCAAGCCGCAGGCCUGAAAGAGGAUCAGAAACAGAACGAGCCUUUUGUGACGGCUCAGGCAUCCACUUACUCUGAUGGCUCAGCAAACAAUUAAAAGUAGGGGUCCCUCACUCCCACUGCCCUAGCACACUAAUGUCCCUGCAAGUCAGAAAUAGAAAAAAAAAGCCUUUGUUCAUUUUUAUGGAAAUGUAAAAGCCAAGCUGAUGAUGCCACUUAAACAGAUAGCCAUUAUUUGAGGUCUUAAAAACAAACAAAAAAGCAAGCCUGGGCUCAGUUGGAAAAUGUAGUAUCUGAGGAGAGGUAACCUCUACCUGUAAAAUGUUCCGUGACAAGAAAGACUGGGCUUUGCAGAUAGGUGAGAAAUGCCGGAAACAGUCCCCCCGUGGAGAGGUUAACAAUGCUUGGUGAGAAGCAGGUUUUAUACUUUGAAUUGAGAAAUUUUUGGUUUGUCUUUGAAUCAUUUAGCAGCUGCAUAGCAAAACUUUAUAUUUAAGAGAGAGGCUUAGCAAUGUGUUUUAUAAUUACGCUCCUGUGUACGGUUUGCAUGUGCCCCUUCAAAGUGAUUAUUUUUGUAGAACCUAAGUUAAGACCUCCUAUUUAUAAUGAAUGUUCAACUAAUACAUGUGUACAUAGAAAGUAUAAAUAUGUUUAUAUCCUGUGUAUAUAUAAAUAUAUAUGUAUAUAUAUAUGGUAGGUCCCUAGAAUUCAGUGAACUUCUUAGACCGGAACUAUAGAUAGAUUUUGUUUUCUUUCUUUAUAUAAGGAGUAACUCAGAAUUGCUGCAUUUGAUAAGUGAAUGAAAUAGAAUUAGGUUUAGGACUGACUAGAGAGACUGUGGAACUGCAAGAAACACUUUUCUCUUGCGGUGGUAUUUUGUGAAAUGUCUGGAACUUUUGUAAAAGUUUCUUUUUGUGAACAAGGAAUGAAGAAUGUCAUUUGUACAGAAGUCAAGAUAGGUAAGGAUAGUUUUGUAAGGUUUUGGUGAUUUGCAGCCAUUUAAUUUUUUUAAAAGCACAGAACUUUCAACCAAGAAAAUAUGAAACAGAGGUCUGGUUAAACUAGUUCAGUUACAUGUCUAAAAUUCAUAAGAUGGAAUAAACAAAAGUGUAUAGCCUGUGGCUACACUUAGUGUCUUUUAUAUGUCAGGGAAAACUUUAACAGUAUCUCUAUGGGCUCUCUGCACUCCUGUGUAGAAACCAUAAAACUAGCAGCUUUCAAUGAUGCCUAGAGGAGAACACUAAAAAUUUCAAGUAGGAAAAAUAAACAGUACCAUGAGGGCUAACUUAUGCUCAGUGACAGGGUAAACUUUUCUUAUCUUUUUUGUAUAUUAUGUUAUUUAGGGAUGCUGAUAUUAGAAUGAUCACGGACUUGACUGUUAGAAAAAAUUAGCACUUUAGGUGACUCACUUCAAGCCAAUUUGUUACAAUUUGGCCUAUUUAUGUAAGGGCUAACCUACAUUUAACACACACACACACACACACACACACACACACACACACUCUGUUACGUUAUGUGCAACAAUAAGCCAACCUACUUCUCAUCUGAUUCACUUUCAUAGCAGUCUCUGAAAAUGGAGUCUUCUAGUUUCCAUUGCACUUUUAUUACUCAAGAAAAUCAUGUUUUUGUCACAUAGAAAGAGUCCAUUCCAAGUGUUCUGUUGAGUAUGUGGUGGAAUUCUAGUGGCUGAUUACUAUCCUGGUGAACUAGUUUCAUCAGCAGAAUAUUUUGUUCAAGGUUUAAACCUAAAGACUUUUGUCAGAUCUCCUUGAAACCCAAUCCCAUUGCCCCCAUAGGCUUAUUAUAUUUCCUGGUGUUCCAUUACAUAUUCACCUUGCCUUUGCAGAGGAGAAACAACUGCAAGGAAAGUUAUUGGCUAAGUGACAAAUUGAGAGAGUGAAGAAACACAUUUUGGAUAUGAAGGGGAUGGAAUAGUUGGCAGUCUGUCAUUGAUUGGCACAAAAUGAAGACUGCUGCUGAUGGAGAGUAUAAAUCAAAGUAAUGAUAAGUGACACUUGGGUGGUAUACUGACAUUUUAUUAGAUGCAGCAAAUGGCUUUUGUUAGCCACAGCUGUCUGGCUUUAGUACAAGAGAGAAAGGGGCUUAUAAAUAUGAUGAAAGAGGAGGAGGAGUAGAAGGAGGAAAAGAGCUUGCAAAGGUUACUAUGUAUCAAAAUGGCAUUAACAGAGUACUUCAUGUUCCAUAUAUUCUUGACACAUUCAUUAAUUCUCUCAAAAUUAUAGUGUGAUUUCUUUCUUCAUAUAUGUGAAAAGUGAGGAGAAAAAGCAAGAAAGUACUGCUUUUUUCAGAUGGGAAUUUAAAGGAAAGGUUUUUUCUGCCAAUCAUUCACUUGCAUCAGUCAUCAAUAAAAUUCUAAUUGUCCUUAUACAAGUGGAGAAAUGGGGUGGGAUGUAGGAAAAUGCAGCCAGGAAUGGAACUGGAUUAUAGGCUUUGAUAGAGUCCUAAAGGAUGAAACCUUGGAAUUGUGCCCACUGAUUGCCAUUUGCUACCCUCUCUUAUGGGAAACAAAAGUGUAAUAUAUUUUGUGGUCUGUGAGAUGUUAUAGAUUUUGAAGAAGGGCAUUCUAGAUAGUAUGCUCAGAACAAAAUAUGAAUAUUUUGCUCAAAGUUUUUUUUACAUCACAAGGCCUUUUCACUAAGAGAGAAUAGCAGAGAUUGUUGUCCUUGGGAAAAGAAGGGAGAACAAUGGGAAAAAUGUUUUGGGGAGUUCACUAGUGUGGUAUAACUGAUAGACUUCUGAUGAGGAGAAAGGACUGGGAAAUGUUCUGGGAAUGAAAGAAAAUGUUCUUUUGAGUGUAGGUAUGGAGAUCUCUGAAUAAUAGGUAGGCAUGGCCUGGAAUGUUUUCAGACAAAUUCUCUGAGGACAGGAUAAUAGGAGGAAGGAUUGAUUAGUUGUCCUGAGGAUGAUGUGACUUAGUAGGAUCAGUAGAGGGUUGUUUUGGAUGGACCAGUAAGGUAAGGAGUAUUGUAUUCUUUGCUCUAAAACAGACAUGGUCAUCUUUCUACAUACCACCCUCAUGUGCCUUUUAUGAAAAUGAAUAAGACUACACCAAGUAUAUUUUGAACCUUCAGACCCUAAGGUGAAGGGAAAACCAGCAAAUGUAAAUCACCAUUUUUUACCCCUUAAGGUCAUCUAGAUUACCCAAAACAUUUAUAUUAAUAGUAAUUAACAUUAAGGAGCCAGUAGUAGUUCAUUUGCUCAUAAUUCCGAAUUCUGUGAACAUUACUUCCUGAUUGUGUGGUAUAUUCAAUUUGUGUUGUGAUUCACUCUUUUCUGUAGAGCAUUCCGGCUAAGAAGAGAUUUGGUCAAUGUUGAUGCCCACCUUUAGGUGGAAUAAGUGAAAUAAUCACUUCGGACCUCACAUUAUGAAAUGUGUUUAUCUGCUCAACAUAUCAUCCCUCUGUGAAUUUAGUGGGAAAAAAAAACUUUUUUGGUUACAUUUAAAAAACUGAGAUAAUAAAAGCUUUGCCAUUGACCUUA